CUUAUGCUGUUUAAUUACAGGGACCAAAUCGCAAUUUUGCUUUUCCGCUAAUAGUAUCUGGCUCUCUCGUUCCCAUUUUCCUGCCCACCAAACAGAGAGUAGUAAAAAAUGAGUGAAAACGAAUCGGUUGGAAAUGGAAAAGGAGGCAUUGGUUUGCUUAAUCAAUUUGAGCUUAUUUUGGACUCUGAUCCUCUCAUUGAUGAAGUAGGGUUUAUUCAUCCAUCACAAUUCACCGCACUAAGCAGCGAAUUGCAAGCAAAAGAUGCGAUCCUUAGCUCAAAAAUCGACAAAGUUAAUGUAUUGGAUCAUGAAAGUACAAGUUUUUGGAAUAGAGAUCAUAAGUUAGGGAUUUCAAUGCAUGUAAUUCUUCCACUUUACACAGCUGCCAAAGAUGCGUUCAUGAAUGCAAUUAAAGGAUUUAAGAGAGUUGAGAAUUUGUCUCUUGAAGAUGAUUCUUGUGGAUUUUCAUCUCUGGAAAGUGAGGUUAUGAAGCAUAGCAAAGCCCUUUUAUUGUUAAGUUGUGAUUUUGGCACUGCUUGGAAUUCCAGGAAGUUAAUUUUGUCAAAGAAACAGUACAUGCCAAUGUUCAUUGAAGAACUUCUUUUGUCAGCUCUUGUUCUUUCCUAUUCACCAAAAAGUGAACAAUCUUGGUGUCAUAGGCGAUGGGUGAUCAAGAUGAUUUCUGGGAAAUGCUCAACAUUGCAGGAGAUUCUGGGGAAAGAAUCUGAGCUAGUGGAGAAAAUAGCCGAGAGAUCAAAAAUGAAUUACCGAGCAUGGAAUCACCGCUGCUGGUUGGUUGGUUACAUGACAAGAGAACAGGUGUUACUUGAGUUGAAGAAAUCUAGAUAUUGGGCUGGGUUGCAUGUUGCUGACAGUUCUUGCUUUCAUUAUCGUAUGAGACUAAUGCUUAGGAUUUUGGAGCAAUUCUGCUGCAAACAAGAUGAUGAAUCUUCUGAUCAUGAUGUUGAAAUUUGUCAAAUGUGGCAGGAGGAGCUUCAAUGGAAUGAAGAAUUAAUAGAACUUUAUGUAGGAAGAGAGGCUCUGUGGCUCUAUCGCCGGUUCCUUUCCCUAUGCUGGAUAAGGCAUUUUAUAAGCGAUAUAAUCCACCAUUCUGAGCACAAGUCUCGUGUAGUUGCUAACAUCAAUGAAUUUUUGGAUCAUGAGUUAUGUCUUGUAAAUUCAUGGUCAACUAUACCUGAUGAUGACUAUGAAGAUUUCCAAGCACAAGCUGUACAUUCUGCUACCUACAUUUUAUGGUUGAUGAAGCAAAUCCCCGAGUCCCAAGGAAUUGAGCUCAAAAAGAAGCUAAAUGCUGGAAAUUGGAAGACCAUGCUGAACGUGGCCUGUGCUGAAAGAUCCUCACUCUGGGACAGUUUAGCCACCUACCUGGAAACAUCUAACUAGUGGUCUGAAAGAAAAUAUACAUCUACUAAACAUAUUUUAGGCUUAGUUUCUUCGUGCCUAGUUAGUGAUUGUCUUAUACUUCCUGCUAAAUCGGGAAGUGCCAUAAGAAGAUGUAAAAUGCUCUCUAUCCGGCUAGCAAAAAUCAUAAUUCAAGCACAGCAACUGGGAUUGAAUUAUAGUUUCUUUGAACACUUCCAUUCAUCAAACUAAAUUGCAGUGCCUCAUUCCCUCUUGGAGUUUAUUACAUUAA